AUGGAUAGCAAAAUUGUAAAAGUUUAUAUUAAUCCAAAUUUUAACAGAGAAACAUUGGGCAGCAGCAAGCAUUCAACAAUAAACGCAAACUCAAAUGCAAACUAUUCAAGCCCACAUAAGAAAAUUUACAUAAACCCAAAUUUUAUUCCAUCAAUCUCUCAACCAGUUCAAAACCUGGAUCAAUUCUCAUCGAAACCUAUUGAGAAAAUUGUACCGGUUACAAAUUCUUUGUCAUCAAAUACAAUUGUACGACAUGCCAUUCCACCAAUGAAUAAUCUACCACCAGUGGCAACAAAAUCACGCUACAGUCUUGUAAGGCGCAAUGAAGACAAAGCACUAGAGAUAAAACCAGAAAAGAAAGAGUCACUAACAGUAAAAGUAAACAAAUAUAAGUCUGUAAGAAUCAUAGAUGUUAAAUCUAGCCUAGACAGGGAGAAACAGCCACCAAAGCAAUUGAAUAAUGCAGAUUAUACACAUAUGUAUGAUCAGAAGGCCAUAAAGAUUAAUAUAAAUAAUCCUUAUAAUCAAAAGGUUUUUAAAACACAAUAUACAUAUGUAAAAAGCAAAGGUACUAUUAUGUAUACUCCUCAUAGACUACUAACACAAUAUUCUUAUAUAAAAAACAAAGAUAUGGCUAAGAAGUUGCACACUAACAAGCAAACACCAUCAAAUAUGAGUAUGCCAAUAAGGAAUACUUCAAGUUCAAAAAUCCGCAAACUUAAAGUAAAAUGUAAUAUCCCUUGUAGAUUAUUUAGAAAAUAUGGAAAAUGUUUAAGAAAUGUGAAAGGGCAUUGCAAAUAUCUACAUGACAAAAAACAUGUUUCUAUAUGUAGAAAAUUCUUAAAAGGUGUUUGUCACGAUAAAGAUUGUCUUCUUUCUCACGAACUAAGUGACAAGAAAAUGCCUACCUGUUUCUUCUAUUUACAAGGUAUGUGUACUAAAGAUAAAUGCCCAUAUUUGCAUGUCAAAGUAAAUGAAAAAGCAAUAGUGUGUCCUGAUUUCAAAAAAGGUUAUUGCGAAAAGGGCAAUAAAUGUUUAUAUCGUCAUGUCGAAACUAAAAAACGAGGUGGCAUAAAAAUAUUAGUAAAUCCAAAAACGAAAUCUACUUACCAACUUAAGAUUUUCUCAGACAAGUCAAAGACUCAAAAUAUUUCAGAACAUAAAUGUGUACCAUCUGUGGGUGAAGAUCAAACUACAAUCUCAGAUUGUCGUUAUUACAAAGAAGUAAUAGUAGAGGACAAAACAAAUGAAUUACAGCAAGUUAUAAAACCUACUAGGUGUAAAUUAGGCACAUUGCCCUCUUUUAUAAAAUUUUAGUGGGUAAAUUGAAUUUUUUUAAUGUGUAAAUAAAAACUUAUUACUUAGUCUAGUUAAUGACCGCGGCAUCGCCUGCGACAGUUCAAAAGAAAUUUCUGAAAAUCCAAUGAAUGCAUUACUAUUUCUUACUAACCACAUUCUCGAAUCAAGAAUUUAAUAUAUCUCACUCUAAAGGCCGAUUUACAUUUUUGUUUUGUAAUUUUGUUAAAUAACUGAUGAACCCGUUGCAUAGAUAAAAAAAAUAGCCGUGGUGGCUCUGCCGCAGAGCACAUGUUUUUUUUAUAUACAACAGAAUACAACCUCGAUAAAAAGCUUUUUGACGGAUAUUGGAUUUAUCAUCCAACAGACCCUUGUUUCUAAGGCAACCUCUAACGACACCAAUGGACUUUUAAUAAGAUAUGUGAAAUUUGUGGAAAAUAAAAAUAAUACGAUUAAGAAUUCAAUCAGUUCAAAGUAUGAUUUAUGUCUCUGAUAGACUGAAGAACGAUCAUGAUCCGCUAGGAAUCUUGAAUUCAUGUACUAGUUUUACACUAGUUUUAUUACCCGUCCAAGUUUAAUGAUGCGUGCGUUUCCGCACGUUAGCCUAGCUAUGGCCUCUUCAUUCCAGCAGUACUUAAUGAUCCUUUGUUAAAUGAAACCACUGCUUUUAUUCAAUACUUUAUAGAUAACAAAAUUAAACAUCAGUCAACUGAUACUUGAUAUAAAAAACACUUGUGAACAUUAUUUGCUGAGUUGAGAGUGUAAUCAACUAAAUUUGUAAUUAGAUUGAUAAAAAUCAGAUUGCAAGUAAUUAUGAUUACAUUGACAAUGAUUACCAUCAAUCAUGAUUAUUUUUCAUAAGCGUUUUUCUUUACCGGUUACGGGGCAGAGAGAGCCAAGAAUUGCGAGACUGAGAUAAACACUUGGCAUACUCAUACUUGUCUCGCUGCCUUGUAAGCGACCAAGACCUAAACCAAGACAUCCGAAACGCGCGACUCUUAAGUAAGCGAAAAGACGCGAUAUAUUGACCACCCAACCAAACCGAUCGUCUGCAAGUGAAUAAUAAUCAUGUAAUCAUUGAAAAAUGUAAGUACCUACAUUAAUCAUGAUUUCUUUUUUGCACGAUUAUUCUCUGUAAUCUGUAGUCAUGAUUGACGACAAAGAAAUCAUAUCAAUCAUCAAUAUCAAUUUGCGUUGAUUUACGUUUUGACUAUCAUCUAUUAUUUGAACCAUUUUGGAACUUUACUUUUUGAUGUUGCUUCAUUUGUUGUUUUCUUCUUGUAAGCUGACGUGUCUGUUGAAUGUCUACUGGGAGCUCUGAAAAACAAAUAAAUACUUUUCAUCCAA